CUUCAAUGUUGGAGCUGGUAUUGGUAUCAGCAUUGGUAUUGACAUUGGCGUUGAAAUUGGUGUUGGUAUUGACGUUAAAAUUGGCGUUGGUAUUAACAUUGGAAUUGGUAUUGAUACUGACGUUGGAAUUGACGUUGAUAUUGACAUUGGAAUUGGCAUUGGUAUUAACGUUGGAAUUGGCAUUGAUAUUGAUAUUGGAAUUGGCAUUGGUAUUGAUAUUAGAAUUGGCAUUGGAGUUCGUAUUGACAUUGGCACCACUAUUAUUGUCCAGAAAAUCAUCAUAACCACCAGGUUGGUUCAGAUUUUGAUAUAA